AGCAGCAUUUUCAGACUCAGCCCACACUGAACUGUCCUCCGGGCUUCUGGGAGGCCAGGAGGUUAUGGCCCACACAUGGAUGAGAAGUGAUUGCCCUGGGAUGGGCCCUCUCUAAGGACAGGGAUCUCCAAGAGCUCAUCCCAGCAAAGAGGAGAAGGAAUGAGCAAACUGGGAGUUUCCAACUGUUGCUUUACCUGGACUUCUGGAAAGACAUCUGGCAAGAGCUAGGGCUAGUGGCCCCUACAAAUCCUGCUGGCUAACUUAUCAUCUGGGAGGCUUCUCUGAGACAGCAUGCUAUUCAACAACACCGAUACCCCAUUGUGGGUUAAAUUCACCUAUUUCACCAUGGAGGCCUUCAUCGGACUCUUCGCUGUGGUGGGCAACGUGCUGGUCAUCUGGGUGAUCAAGCUGAACCCCAGUCUGCGGACUACCACCUUCUAUUUCAUCGUCUCCCUGGCCCUGGCUGACAUUGCCGUUGGGGUACUGGUCAUACCCUUGGCCAUUGUCAUCAGCCUGAGCAUCCCAAUGCACUUCUAUAGCUGCCUGUUCAUGUGCUGCAUGCUGCUGGUCUUCACCCACGCCUCUAUCAUGUCCCUGCUGGCCAUUGCUGUGGACAGAUACCUGCGGGUCAAGCUCACUGUCAGAUACAAGAGGGUCACUACUCAAAGACGAAUAUGGCUGGCCUUGAGCCUCUGUUGGCUGGUGUCCUUUCUGGUGGGAUUGACCCCCAUGCUUGGCUGGAAUGGGAAACUAGCCUCAAAAGAACUGCAGAAUGUCACCAUCUGUCCCUGCACCUUCCUUUCCACCAUGAGUAUGGAGUACAUGGUCUUCUUCAGCUUUUUCACCUGGAUCUUCAUCCCCCUGGUUGUCAUGUGUGCCAUCUAUCUGAACAUCUUCCAUGUCAUCCGGAAUAAACUCAGUCAGAACCUUUCUGCCUCCAAAGAGACAGGUGCAUUUUAUGGGCGGGAGUUCAAGACAGCUAAGUCCCUCUUUCUGGUUCUCUUCUUGUUUGCUCUGUGCUGGCUCCCUUUGUCCAUCAUCAACUGUGCGCUGUACUUUGAUGUCAGUAUAUCAGAUGAUAUCAUGUUCCUGGGCAUCCUCCUGUCCCAUGCUAAUUCCAUGAUGAACCCUAUUGUCUACGCUUGCAAAAUAAAGAAGUUCAAAGAAACCUACUUUUUGAUCCUCAAAGACUGUAAAGUCUGCCAGAUUUCUGAUUCCUUGGACUCAAACAUUGAGCAGAUUUCUGAGUAAUUAUCCAUGAGAGAAGUUUUUUCAUCUCAUUGACCUUAAGAUUCAGCAUGAGUGGACACUGCGGACCUAACCCCUCUGGAUCCUUCCGUUGAGGUGGGAGCACUUGGCUGAUUGCCUGCCAUUGUACCUUUACUAAUGGCCUCUACCUCCACUUCAGUUGUUUUCUUAUUCUCCACUAAUUCAAUUCUCUGGAGGCCUGAUUGGAGGACAAUAUAUUAUUGCUAUUAUUGAGUGUGUCCCUUUGUCCCAAACAGAAGGAGAAGCCUGGAUUCUGAAGUGUGUCUACUGAGUUAGCAACAAAGGCUUCUAACUGAACCGUGAUGGUGCCAGUUCAGGCCAAGAGCCGACUCUCACAGGAUUCCUAGAAGGUGGUAGGAACAGAAGCAGCGAACUGAGUCUAACGGGGGCUUAUGCUGCCGAAUUUGCCUGCGUGUGUAUUUGAGUAAAUA